UUGUUUGACAUUGUUGUUGCAGUGGUGUGGUGUAUUUACAUUCAUUGUAGUGAUGUCAUCGUGUUUUAGGGUGUAGCAUUUCUGUAUUCGCUGGUGUAGACACAGUAAAAGUAGAAAAUAUUUUACAAGUAUUAUCAAAUUUAAAAUAUAUGCUCAAAACAAAGAUAUACAGAAACAGGGUCAGGAUUAUAUAUUUCAUUGCAUUUAUCUCUUUGUUAUACAAUGAGUAUCUCAGUUACACAAUGCAUAGAUAUGUUCUCUGGCCAAAUCUUACCUGUGAAACAUCUCAUGAAUGUGUCAGCAUUCUCUUUGUUGCUGAUCCACAAAUUAUUGGUGAACAAUUUGAGAUGCCAUUUCCUAUUGGGACCUUAGCUAGGUGGGACUGUGACAGAUAUUUACGUAACACAUUCACAAGGGCAGUUUCUCAAAUGCAACCUCAUGCAGUCAUUUUUUUGGGUGAUUUGAUGGAUGAGGGAAGUGUGGCUACAAGAGAAGAGUAUCAGCGAUACAUUGAGAGAUUUUUCAACAUUUUCCACACGCCUCAAGAGAUUCAGGCAAUUUACAAUCCAGGUGACAAUGACAUUGGUGGUGAAGAUGACAGUAUAACAGAACAAAAGCUGCAAAGAUAUAAACUGACUUUUAGUCAGCCUGAUCAAAUUGACAUUAAAAACAUUACUGUGUAUAAGGUGAACAGGCUGCUGUAUACGUUUCCACAGCCUGAAUUGCAUACCAAGAGCCUGAAUAGCAAAAUGUCUAUUAUUGCUUCACACAUGCCACUCUUGUUUACACCAAAUGACUUUGUGAGAAAGGUUGUUAAAAAGCUAAAGCCAGAAAUAAUUUUCUCGGCUCAUGAUCACAAAUCAUUGCAUACAACUAUGCAUAUAUUGAGGCCAGGUGAUGACACUGUUAUACAAGCUCUGCUUCCAAGUAGUGGUCCGGUUUGGAAAUUUUUUCUCCAGACGGAAAUAGUACAAGAAAUAAUGGUGCCUACAUGUUCAUACAGAAUGGGAGUGCAGGAUGUAGGCUAUGGUGCUGCCUUGUUUGAUCUCACAGAUAAUACUGUUCUUUACACCGUGCUUUGGCUACCAUAUCGUUUUUAUCACAUCAUAUCUUACAUACUGCUGCUAUUAUUAAUAAUUUUCAAUCUCUCAUUAUCUCUGGUUGCUAAGACAUAUAGAAGAAUAUCAAAUGGAUUUAAGUCUUGCCGAUUUUCAUAUGUUUAGAGAAGAUUAUAAAUUUAUUUUCUUUACAUGCACCAUGAUAUAGCAUGAGUUCUUUUAAACUGCACCAGUUUUUUUGUAAGAACCAGGUAGCAAUAAUAUCGUAACAUCAUUUUUAUGUUGAAAAUGCCCAUAUGAUUACUAUUUGUAAAUGCAUUCUGGUCAUUUGAAGGUAUCAUGUUUUUGUGACAUCCUUCAGUUUCAGUAUUUUUCUCUUUUUUAACAAUGUAUUAUUACUGUAUAAAUUUUAUAAAGCAUUCUGCCUGCAUGAGCUAUCGACUCCAGUAUUAAUACUACUCCUCCAUGCCCCAUUUGCAAGAUUACAUUGGAUACACUGUAUAAUUUAUAAUUCUCUGUUCAAAAUUUCUGUGUUUUCAUGUAUUUGUGUCAUGGAAGAAUACAGGGUCCAAUAACAUUUUUAAUGAGCACAAUUCAGAACACCUACAGUUAGAGUAUUUCUUUUUCUUUCACUCUUUUUUUAUUUUUCUCCAGUCAUGCAAGAACCAAACAAAUCAGUGCAUUAAACAGUAGAUUAACUAAAUGAGAAAAAAACAUAAAAUAAAAAAUAAAGGAAAUACUGUCAGAUUAUAUCAUUUGUUCAUUUGAGGGAACUAUAUUUCCUUUGAGUUAUAUACUGCAAUUCACCAACUGCUAUUAAUAAAGUAAUGACUAAGUACAAAGUGAAAAUUCUAGGUUAUGUACAAAGUUAAUCCUAUAAUUUUUUUUUUUUCUGAUCAGUUCCUAAUUUUCAUGACUUGACUGUUUCCAUGUCGUAAUGUGGUGAAUUUAUAUUGUAUGGUAUCAAUGAAAUAACAUAUCCAGUAUUAUUAUAAUGUAAGAAAGUUUUAUAAAUAUUACGAAUAAUCUAUUGAAAAUGUAUGUACACUAAUUUUGAUUUUAGGUUGACAUAUGUCACUGCAGGCGAAAGAUUGCCCACAUUGUACUUAUACUUUACUCAUCAACAGUUGAGUAUUCUAAAUGUGAAAUAACAUUUGGUUCAUUAUUAAUUUGGCUUAUCAAUUUCUCUCUACUUGCCUUGUUUCACAACAGCAAAGCUAUCCAGUUUUAAAGUAUGUGGAAUCCUGCCAAGGCUGCUUAAGGCCUUUCAGAUAUUUGAUUUGAUAAUUGUAUUUUGAAAGCAUGACUUGACUGUAGUGCAGCAGCAACUAAUAGUUGUAGUUUGGUUAUUAUUGUAUUCCAGAACAUUUUUCGAGUAGGGCUUGUAAAAAUUCUUGCCCUCACUGCAUUUUAUUUUCAGAGCUUCCCCUAAUAAAUUCCAACAUGUAGAUAUUGACUGGACACCAAUUUGAUCCUUAUGUUUCUCAAUGCCUUGUUUCUGUACUACAGUGUUAUAGCAAUUCAUGAAAUAUAUUCAGACAAAUAAAGAGCAUCCACUUGUCCUCAAGAGAGCUGAUAAUGUCUGAGAAAUUGCUAAUGACCAAAGUAAAUAUUUACAUGUAGUUAAUAUUUUAGUUUCUGUCCCCUUUGUAGUCUGUAUGUGACAGAAUUCCAGAUAUUUUUACCAUCCUUUAAGUAUUAUUUGCAAAGAGAAAACACAUUUUUGAAAUACAAAAAUUCUUCUUUAAACUAAAUAAAAGUAAAAUACACUUGCUUUCAAUUUAGCACAUGAACUGUACAGAAGUUGCACAAAAACAUGGAAACACAAAAAAAUCAGUACAUGCCUAUUAUGGUGUAGGAAACCCAUUGGCUUUCAAAACACCUUCCAGUUAUCUCAGAAUGGAUAAGUACAGACCCGUAUGGUUUUUAAGGGCAUUAUUCCUGCAAAAUAGUGGCAAGUUGAGUUACCAGUCAUGGAGGUGGAUAGUGAUCAUACAUCCUUUUCUCCAAAGUAGGUUACAAAGCCUCAAUUAUAUUGAGAUCUGAUCAAGUGUUGCGACCAGAGGAGUUGUGACAGUUCAUUUUCAUGCUCACAAAGCCAGUCCUGGACAAUGCAAGCUGUGCGAACAGAGGCCCAAUCCUAUUGGAACAUAGAAUCAUCCUCACUGGGAAACAAACAUUAUAACAAGGGGUGGGCCUGAUUCACCAAAAUGUCCACAUAACCCUUGGCAGUAAUGCAACCUUGCACAGUAAUCAGGGGGCCCAUGGAACAACACACUAUGGCUGCCCAUAUCAUCGCUGAACCCCCGCCAUCUUUCACUCUUGGGGUUAAAUUUCACCAGAAGUUGGAAACAGUGCCAAAAAAGACUCAUACGACCAAGUGACUUUCUUCCAGUGCCCCACAGUCCACAUUUUAUGGCUUCAGCAUCACUUUUUUUGUGCUAUGGGCAUUUGCAUCACUGAUGAGUGGUUUUGGCAUUUCAGUUUGUCCUGAAAUUCCCUGCUUAUGGAACUCCCUUCACAUUUUUGCGCCGACAGGUUUUUGCGAUUGCAAUAUUUGGUUCUGCAGUACUUUUGCAGCUGUUGUCCUCUUAUUUUUUGUCACAAUUCUCUCCAGUGACUAUUUGUUACAAUCGCUCAAUACACUCUUUCACCCGCAUUGUAACUUAGCAGAUGACUUUUUUCCACUUCCCAUGCGUGCAGCAUAAAUUUUCGCUAUGGUGACCCUUGAAACACAAAACAUGUCAGCUCCAUUGGUUGCAGAAGCACCAACAACUUGCCCACAUUCAAAUUCACUUAGCCCCAAUAUAAUACACUCGCAACUACACAGAACAUUGUUCUGGCCAUGAAUUACACUUGCAAUGUACAGGCACUCUUCAUGGUCAAAUACAACAGUGCAACCUGCAAGCUUGGCUAGCCACUGCUUUUACGUUAAAGCACGCAUGUGUCUUGGUGUUUCCAUGUGUUUGUCCAACUCUUGUAUUUAAAUUAAAAUAAAAUUUCAGUUGAAAAUAAUUUGUGUAAAUGCUUGUUCAUAAAUGUAACAAUAAUUUAGCUUUUCAUGGUACAAUAUCACAAUCGGGACACCUCAACAUUGGCCUCUUCGUGUGCAGGGUGACACAGAGAAAGGGGAGAUUUUGAAGUAACAUAAUUUUCAAGACUAAACACAGAUUUGAUGAAAGUGGAUGUAAACAGUAUACUACUUACGUUUUCACUACAGAGUGUCACAAACUGUCUCUUUACUUCUUAAAGAAGAUGUCAGAAAGAUUUACUCCCUUUUGGUUUUCAUAUUGUAAUAACCUGCUAUGGAUACUCCAGAAUGCUCAGUCUAGCUUGUUUUGGGACUAGCAAUGGUUUUUUUCUUCACAUGAACACACCAAGCAGAUGUUACUGUUGUUGCAAUACCACCCUCAUGAUUACAAAAUCAAGGGCCAGUAACACCACCAUAUUACAUGGUACACCAUGCUGUAACUUGGAAAUGUGUAAUGGAUGCCUGUGAAACCCGUAAGGAUUUUCCUGUGCUCAUUAAUGGAAGUUUUGUUUGUUAACACAUCUUUUAAGAUGGAAGUAGGCUUUAGCUGAUGUCGAUAUGUUGUUAAUGAAAUUGACAUCCUCAUCCAUUUUAACCUACACCUUUUCGCUAAACUUCCUAUGUGACACAGAUUAUCAGGGAUUUAGUUGUUGCACAAUCUGUAAUGUAUAAGGAUGGUAUGUUAAGUCGUGCAAUAUUCUUUGUAUGCUUUGUUGCCCAGUCUCUAGUGCUGAUGCAUGUUGUCAAAUGGAGCAUUGAGGGCUCUUCAUGGUGGAAACUUGAAAGGCUGCAAUGUUCUCUGAGUAUAUACCAUUUGAACACUGCCUGAAGGCUAUGUUUUCAAGGCUGAACCAGUUUCUUCAAAAUUAAGCCACCACAUUGUAUUCGCAUGAGCAGGUGGGAUGAAACCAUGAGCUAGCUGGUAAUGCUCUCAAGAUACCUUUUGUGCAGCAGUCACACUAUUGCCCUGCUUGUGAAAGGCUCUAACAGCGACAGCACAUUCUGUACCACCUCCGUGCUGCAAGAUUACUAAUUGAAUCGCAUUCACAACUGUUUCUCAUUAUUUCUGAACAACUGCCUGUAUUACGGUGGUGACGAGUAAUUUCCCAUUUCCCUGCACCACCCUUUAUGAGCUUUGCACAUUUGUGGGUGUGUCUUCACAUCCAUGAAAGAAAUUCUGCCAUCAUACAGCCUUUUUGCAAGACACAUUUUGGAAGUUACUACCUGUUGUUGUGUUCUUACUUUGCUUGGAAACUCCUCCCAUAGCUAUAAAGAAAUUUUUUUGUAUGGCAACCUGUGUCCUGAUUAUUUCUUGUUAUUUGAUACAAGAUGAAAGCAUUCACAGAUACCAUUAUAAAAAGGCAGAAAAACAAUUUCUUCUUCCGUUUUGUUUGCCUUCUCUUCAAUGGGUAAUGUACCCCCCUGCUUCUUCAGACUCAAAAUCUAAUGUAUAAAACAGCUUCAAACUUAUGAAUACUUGAAGUAUGGUUUUAACGUGUUAAACAUUUGACAUUGAGCAUGUAAAAUGUGUAUGGCUGAUGACAUUGUAGUUUUUCAAGCAUCUCAUUGUUUAUGACCUCAUAUUUUUUAUACAAAUUGCUGUACAGUGAUAUAAUUUUGCAGGUAAAUUGAGUAGUUUAUGUGGAUACUGUCAACAAAAUCAGUUGUGAAUAGGAUUAGUACUGAAAAUAUAAUAAAUUAAAAUGUCAUGCCCGAUGCUGAAAUUUGACUGUGUGAACAGAGAAAAAUGUAGCAAGUGAUAAACCUUUUAUCUUUUCUUUAAUUUAUGUUCAUAUCAAAUAAAAAAAAGUUUUGACUAAGUUUGAAAUUACCUAUAAAGAUUUUUGGAAGUUGCUAAGUCAACAAAUUCUCAAAUACUGAAUGAAUAUAAUCAGGGUAAUUUGCACGCCACAAGUUACGCUGCCUCAAGAUAUAUGCGCAGCUUUUAAUUUUAAUACUUGUGUUAAUGUGUUGAACCUUUAAGGCAGGAUUAUACCUCAUAGUGAGCAGAUUGUGACAGCAUUUUAAAUUUGGUCAGUAAUUAUAUUAAGGGGACUGGCCCGUGAAUACCAGGGGAAACCUUGAAAAAAUUGUCAGUUUUCUAAGCCAUGUAACUCAAAGAAUAAGAUUUGUUAGCGUAUAUAAUGCUUACCACUUUCAAAACAUCUUUUCACAUCAUUUUUAUGUAUGAACCACAGCUUAAGCUCUCACAA